AUGCCAUGCGCGUGCCCCCCUGUCAGCCAUCCGGUGGGCGAGGGGUUCUCACACUUGCACGAGCACGCACGCUCCCACAAGGCACACACCAGACGCACCAUGUCCCACCGUAAGUUCGAGGCUCCCCGCAACGGAUCCCUUGGGUUCCUCCCCAAGAAGCGCACGAAGAAGCACCGCGGACACAUCCGGUCCUUCCCGAAGGAUGAUGCGGCGAAGGAGCCCCACCUUACGGCCUUCAUGGCCUACAAGGCGGGCAUGACCCACAUCGCUCGCGAGGUGGACCGCCCUGGAUCCAAGGUCCACAAGAAGGAGGUCGUAGAGGCGGUCACCAUCCUCGAGACUCCCCCCAUCGUUGUCGUGGGAGUCGUGGGCUACGUGGAGACCCCCAAGGGCCUCCGCACCCUCACCACCGUGUGGGCGGGCCACCUCUCGGACGAGUGCAAGAGGAGGUUCUACAAGCACUGGUACACGUCCAAGAAGAAGGCGUUCACCCGGUACGCCAAGAAGUUCGCGGACGCCCCGCAGGAGAUCGACGCUGAGCUCGGCCGCAUCAAGCAGUACGCCCAGGUCGUGCGCGUCAUCGCCCACACCCAGGUCGGCCUUGUCAAGCUGAGGCAGAAGAAGGCGCACAUCUGCGAGAUCCAGGUGAACGGCGGCGACGUGGCCGCUAAGGUCGACUUCGCCCGCGGCCUGUUCGAGCAGAAGGUGCCCGUGGACGCCGUCUUCGCCAAGGACGAGUGCAUCGACGUGCUGGGAGCCUCCAAGGGUCACGGUACCGAGGGUGUGGUGACUCGUUGGGGUGUGACCCGUCUUCCCCGCAAGACCCACCGCGGUCUCCGCAAGGUGGCCUGCAUCGGCGCGUGGCACCCUGCCCGCGUCAGCUUCUCCGUCGCCCGCGCCGGUCAGCACGGAUACCACCACCGUACCGAGCUCAACAAGAAGAUCUACCGGAUCGGAAAGAAGGGCGACGUCGCUUCGGCCUCCACGGAGGCUGACCUUACGGUCAAGCACAUCACCCCUCUCGGUGGAUUCCCUCACUACGGCGAGAUCAACGAGGACUGGCUGAUGCUCAAGGGCUGCGUCAUCGGGUGCAAGAAGCGCUGCAUCACCCUGCGCAAGUCUCUCAUGAGCCACUCCCGCCGCAUCCACCUCGAGCAAGUGGAGCUCAAGUUCAUCGACACCUCGUCGAAGUACGGCCACGGACGCUUCCAGACGAAGGAGGAGAAGGACAAGUUCCUGGGCCCUCUUGCGUCCAAGCUGCCCAAGGCUUAAGAGAUCUCCACCUCGGCGUUCUCGCAAGCGCCGGCGGGUAAACCAGACCGGGGGGUUAAUUCCUGUCUGGUUUUCCCCACUGGGAGUUUGGGUGGACACAUGGGAGACAGGAGCACGACCUCACUCAGGGUGUUGCUUUUGUGGAGGCUUUUUCAGAACGCGUGUUUUGCCCGGCGGGGAAGGUUGUCUCUUGUGCGUGCGGCAACGUUUCUUCGUCUUCUGCUUUUAUUGGGAGCAAUCAAGUCGCUAUUUCGUUGCACUCCCCUCCCCCCCGUCUUUUCGUUUCACGUGGCAUGUCGCUGUCGGUUCUUCAGUUGAUGUACAAUAACUCGCUUCUUCGGAGGUGAAUUUGGGUCGAUUGAUUUUCGGUCUUUAGCGUGAAUCAGUGUCGCGUGUGCGUUGGGAAGGGGGGUAUGGUUUUGUGUGCGGAGUGCGAAGAGGGGCUCGUGCAAGUUUUCCCUUGGUGGCUUUUGUCAUCCAAGGGAUUUUUCAAUAAGCAAGCGGGGUACACUCAUUUUUCUUCUCUC